AUGCGGAUCGCGUCGACCAAGGACAUUAGCGACGUGCUGUUCCCCAUUUCCGGAACCCCCGCGGCGGCGCAGCAACAGCAGCGCACCAUGAAUCUCGACCCCGGGGAGGUAAUGCAGGCUGUUUUGCGGGAGGCGUCCGUCCUGCAAUCUGUGGAGGAACCGACCUAUCAGGUGAUCGACGACCUGGACUCCCUGUUCCCAGUGACCGCACAGCAGCUCUGGUUCGCGGGGGUGUGGGAACGGGUGCCGGUGUUCUUGAAGAAGAAGGAUCUGGAGGAAACAGGGGACGAAAAUAGCGACCAGUCCGACGAGGACAGCUCUUCAAACGAUUCCUCCGACCCAAUUAUGCAAGAAAAAGGCUGUGUAUAGUGUAACUCUGUGAUGCAAAGCCUGCAACACAGUUACGCUUGUCAUGCUAGCCAGCUAUGAAGUUUUAUUCAUAUGUGUUUUGGUUUUCCACAUCGCGUGCUAGAUGUGCAUGACAGGCUUUCUCUGUUAUGCAGUGUGGAUUUGUCAUGCUGUCACCCCAAGAAGACGCCUACACUAACACAGUUUUAUUUCUGUGGGAUUCCCAUGACGAAAGAGGAACGCAAGCAACUGCUGCGCGAAUUGGAGGCGCAGUAUGCAGAAAAAAACGGAAAGAAGUGGACCGCAAGUUCUUUCUUCAGCCUCUCCAGCGAGGAGGAUAAUUCACCGGCUAGGAUGGCACAAGCACAAACAGGCGGGCAAGCCGCGCAAGGUAGUCAGGCGGCGGGACCUGCACGGGGAGCUGCAGGCUCUUCUUUACCUGCGUCCUCCUCUUCUUCGGCACCAGGACAACAUUUUCAUCAAGAACCGGCCGCGGUCUACCGAGAGCUGCCGAACUAUCUGGAUUAUGCAAUGCAAAAGUAUCGUACUAACUAGUAAGUAUGAAUCGCAUGACAAAUUUGCUCAGCAUGAGAAAUGAAAUUUGUCGUGCUGUUUUACCUUGGAAAGGAGAUUUGUAAUGCAUGCUUGCGAUUACUACGAGUGCGAUACUUUUGCACAGGAUAUGGAUCCCCCGGUUCUGGAAAUUUUUGGCGGGGAGGUUUCGCUUCAUGGCGACCUGACCUACCGAAUUAUCAACCAAAACUAUCCGAAUUUGCCCACCGGGUUUGACGAUGAUACGCUGAGCGGGAAGAAAAAGCUGCUGAAAUGGCUGGACAAGCUGCAGCACCGCUACGCUAUGUGGAUGGCCAACACCGCGUUCGGGGUCCGCAGAGAAAGGCUCGCGACGUAUUGAAAGGAAAAAUCCCCCCUCCCCAUAUUGAAAAGGUAUGUCUCCGAAAAUUUGCGUUGCUGAUUAAAUCACAGCUCCAUUUGUCUUGUAAGAAGGCAACUCUACAGUCUCCGCCGCAUUAUGCGAACGGUUUGUGAUGCUGCUUGGGCUACAGCAUAUACAUUUGUGACGCUAAGCGUCCACGUUAGAGGCUCUGUACUCAGGCACGGCAUUAUAUGCCUCCAAUCCUGUACUGCAAGACAGCUCUGAUUUGUGUACGGGAAAUCCAGCGUCAGAAGCUUCGUUUUGAUACAGGGAGGUGGGAUGUUUCCUCACAAUGCGACGCACGGAUGCUCUGUACUCGGCGAGACGGCACAGACGGUGGAGCGCGAUGUACUUCACGGGAAUAACAACGAACUUUUAAACAACGCGGAGCUGGUUUUUGAUCGAAACGCUCUGAAGAUCGAACCGAACAAAAUUGGCCACGCCUUGACGAUGCCCAGUUUGGUAGUCGGCGAGGCUGGAGGAGGAGCAGUGCUUACCUCCCAACCGUCCUCGAACACACUUGCGGGAACAUCGUCAGGGUCGUCGUCCGCACAGGCCUCCGUCGGGCAUAAGCAGGCGCUGGCAGAGAAAGCUCUGAAGACCAAAAUGUUCGACUUCACCCACAUGCAGGAUCAUCACGUGACGGCUCCUUUUAUCACGGGAAAAAGUGUUAACGUUAACGGAAUUUGUGAUGCGAUAAUGCAUCACAAAACGUGCCCAAAUUUGUCAUGCUUAGCAUGCAUGCUGGGCAAAAUCUGACAUGCAUAUUGAUAAACCGUCUUAACGUUAACACUUUUUUGUUUGAUACCGUCUCCCUUCGCCGUCACCCUGUCCAAGAGUAAAAACUUGGACCGGAACGGUUUGAAAACGAAAGCGAAG